CGGCGAUUCAACAGGAAGCUGUUAUUUCGAGGACACUCGAGCUCCAACGUUUGAUGGAAACAACACAGAGCUGCACAGUCUGAAGGCAUGAUGAAUUUGGAGGAGUACUUCCAAAGAAUUGGGUUUGAUGGCUCUCAUGACAAACCUGAUCUGGCAACACUGAAGCUGAUCCACAAAAAGCACAUCCUGUCAAUUCCAUUUGAAAACCUCAGCAUUCACUGUGGGGAAAGGAUUACCCAGGACCUCGAGGUAAUUUUCAAUAAGAUAGUGAGGAGCGGUCGUGGAGGUUGGUGCCUUGAGAACAACUCCCUGUUUGGCUGGGUGCUCAGACAAAUGGGCUAUGACACUGUGACCUUGAGCUCUAGAGUUUUCCAGAGUACCAUCAAUGAAUUUGGCCUUGAUGACACUCACCUCAUCAACAAGGUGGUCAUUGAUGGAAAGGCUUAUAUAACAGAUGUAAGCUUUGGAGUGUCUUCCCAAAUGCGGGAGCCCCUGGAGCUCGUCUCUGGAAUGGACCAACCUCAGGCAGCAGGGGUCUUUUGUCUUAUUGACAAAGGGGACAUGUGGGUGCUGGAGAAGACUGGAAGAAAGCCAGAGGUCAUCAAUCCAGAAUUUGCUGAAUCAAGUCUGGUCAGCAGAAAAGUAACGAAACAGAUCUAUUGCUUCACCAUGGUGCCUCGUGAGGCUGAUCAUUUCUUUGAGGCAAACCACAAACUUCAGACAGAUCCUACUUCACUAUUUACCUGUAAAUCUAUCUGCUCCUUGCAAACACCCACAGGAUUCCGAGCCCUGAUUGGCUGUACCUACAGUGAGGUCACCUACAAGCCAGAGGAAGGAGUCGAUGUCUUAGAUAUGAAGGACAUACCAGAUGAUGAGAUGGAACCACUUCUGAGGGAGAGGUUCAGUUUAACACUGCAGAACAAACUGCAGCCUGUAAACAAAAAAGCAUGGUACACACUCUGAAAGAAAACAUUUUUGAAAAUUUUACAUUCUCCUGGAAUUAUGUGGUGAUUUCAUAAAUGACCAAGUAGAGCAGCUAGUUGAUGGAGAAUUUAUUUAAAGCAUUAAUAAUGCUUUGAAUAACAAUUUUGUACAAUGAAAAUUAUCCAGUUUUAUUAAGAGGGAGAAAUAUAAAUAAACAGGACAUAGAAUGUGUUAUUCAUAUUAAUUGAUCAUUUUGAGAGUAAGUAAUCAUGUGCAUCUAAAUCAGGUACUGCCAGGUUACAGUUUGUAAAAUUGUACUGUAAGAAAAUAAAUUUGCCUGAUUAUACUAAAUGAUCAUGAUGAAGAGGAGAGGGCAUUCAACUUUCCCUGACAGGAUCGCACACCCUGGUUGGGGGAAGCAUACAUCUGUGAAGCAGUGAUUCAUAUUUCUUUUUCCUUCCUGUGCCAUAUAGUUUAUGAUCUGUGUUCUUAUUUUGCUUUUUAUAUAUCUCUGGCUUGUGUUUAUGUGUCAUUCCCCUUAUGCAUUUUAGUGUUUGUAUUUAUUUAUUCAUUCAUUCUUUUCCUAGUAUUUUCAUAGUUGUUCUGUUAAUAUUGUUUGUUACCCUGCUUGA